UUCCAACAUCUUAGCAGGAUAUGGUUUUUGCCUUUAUAAGCUUGCUCCUGUACUCACUCGGGACUGCGAGAUUUGGAGAGCUAAUGCCCCCUCCUAACCGCAGGCUUUUGAAAUAGACUCCUUGAUUCGAUUUUGUGACUGAAGCAUCCUCUGUUCGACUCGCGGGGCACAUUACAACAAGAGUUCGUCAGCAAUUUUCAAGCCUGACUGAAGACACUACCUACAUAUACAGCAAAGUUUCCAAAGUUUGCCAACUACAUCAACCGAAGCAUAGCAAAAUGCCAAAUUAGUAAUUUCAUGUUGAUGAAUGAAGAAGGGCAGCAAAAAUGAAAAGCAUUUACUUUGUGGCUGGAUUAUUUGUGAUGCUGGUCCAAGGCAGCUGGCAACGCUCCCUUCAGGACACAGAGAAGUCCAGCUCCUUCAUAGCUCCCCAGGCAGACCCACUCAAUGAUCCCGAUCAGAUAAAUGAAGACAAGCGCCACUCCCAGGGCACGUUCACCAGUGACUACAGCAAGUAUCUGGAUACCAGGCGUGCCCAAGAUUUCGUGGAUUGGUUGAUGAACACCAAGAGGAGCAAGAAUAACAUUGCCAAACGUCAUGUUGAAUUUGAGAGACAUGCUGAAGGGACCUUUACCAGUGAUUUAAGUGCUUAUUUGGAAAAUGAAGCUGUCAGGGAAUUCGUUGCUUGGCUGGUGGAAAACGUAGAGAGGCUCCAGGAAGGCACCACUAUUGAAGAGCUCCGCCGCAGACAUGCAGAAGGCUCUUUCUCUGAUGAGAUGAACACAGUUCUUGAUAAUCUUGCCACCCGGGAAUUUAUAAACUGGCUGCUUCAAAACAAACUUAUUGACAAUUAGGAAGUAAGAAUGUCACCACUCAAGAUCAUCUUCAUAACGUCACCUACCAGCCACAUGGGAUGUUUGAAAUUUUAAGUUCUGUAAAAUUUAAGAGGUGUAUUCUGAAGCCAUGUUGCUUUGCAUGCCAGUGAAUAAAUUGUAUUUUAAGGUUGUGUUGCCAAAAGAGUAUAAAUGGAAUAAACUAUUGUCAAACUAUUGCUAAAAUAUCAGCUUUAAAAUAUAAAAGUGCAAACUCUCUUAUUUUCUCCUUAUUUUGGAUGAAGUACCCUAACCUGCUUAUAGUUAGCAAUGAAAUUGGUUUUCUAUGAUAUAAUUUGUACAUAUAACUUAUUCCAAUCACAGCAUCUCUGCAUUAAAAUAAGGAUUGGGCUGGUAGCCACAGUGGUGAAACUGGAAAGAAAACUUUCUUCUUGAAACUUUUGUCAUAAAAAUGCUCAGCUUUCAAUAUAUCAAAGACAUACUUAAAUAAAAUCUUC